GCUUAAUAUUAUCAUUUUCUUAUGCUUUUAAUUUAUAAACAAUUAGUGAUGAGAGUUUGUUAAUGUCUACGAAAAAAAUCCAAUGUCGAUAUUUCUUAUAUGGAUAUUGUAAUUUGGGUUCACAGUGCACAUUUUCACACGAUAAAUCUUGUGAACCAACUCAAGUUUGCAGAUAUUACUUAAAUGGCAAAUGCCCCUUCGAAAAAAGAUGCAGGUAUGAUCAUGUUAAACCACAAUCACAAACUAAGCAAUCUUGCACCCAAGCACUUACAAAUGAAGCUACUUCAAAUAAUGAUGAUCUUCAAUCUGUUGAUGUUGAAUCAAUCUUAGAAUCAUCAAUAUUCAUUGAUUCAGAUAAACCUAAUAAUAUUGUCACAAUAUCCUCUGCCUUAACAUCCAUAAUUCCUCAAUCCCCAUCAAAACUAACCCCUUCCCCUACAAAUAAUGAUAACCUUAUAACUAACAUUGACAAUGCAUUAUCUAUUUCUCCCUCGCCAUCCUACUACGUCCUCAAUGAUACUGUAUAUUAUAAUAACGGUACUAAUAAAUCUAUCACCAAACUGCCCAAUCAAAUUGACCCAGGACAUUAUAUUAACGAGAUAGAGAACGCAUAUAGAGAGGAAGCGUUUGACCGAAAAGACCUAACAUCAAUCACAAAAAUAACUAUCAUUGAGGAAGGCACCGAAGAAAGUGAUGAAGUAAAAAAAGCCAUCAAACAAAAGAUUCUAAACGUUAACGCCAAGGAAUUCUAUCCGGCCUACAAUACAUUGAUGAGUUAUUCAGAAGCAGUUCGGACUAAUUUAGAGAAUACCACACCUUCAUUAGACACCAGACCGCUUUGUCCCUAUUCUCUUGAAGGUGAGUGCAUGUUCGGGAAGGAUAGAUGCGUUUACUUGCAUGGGCUGCUGUGUGAUGUAUGUCAGAAGAAUGUUCUGCAUCCUUAUGACGAAGAACAAAGCAAAAGCCACCAAGAGGCGUGCCUCAAAGAGAUGCAGCUAGAGAUGGAAUUCUCCUUUGCGGUGCAAAGGAGUGAAGAAAAGACGUGCGGUAUCUGCUACGAAAAAGUGCUAGAGUCGACGUCUGAUUACGACAACAAUCCCGACAAACGUUUCGGUAUACUACCAAAUUGCCAGCAUUGUUACUGCCUCCCUUGUAUCAUGAACUGGAGGAAAACUAAGAAUCAGACUAUCGAUCAUUCUACCAUUAGAUCAUGUCCUGAAUGUAGGAUACAGUCUUAUUUCAUAAUGCCAAGUAGGAUAUGGGUCGAAGAAAAGUUGGAAAAGGAAAGAAUGAUCGAAGAAUACAAAAAAACUUUGGGUGACAAGCACUGCAAAUACUUCCUCAAGGGCUCUGGUAAAUGCCCACUUAAUAGCAUAUGUUUUUACAAGCACGCCUAUCCCGACGGUACAUUAGCAUCUCGGGCUCCUUCUUCUAAUUAUCACAGAUCAUCUAAUCGGAGUGGGCGAUCUUCAAUGGCUGCAGAACUCCUGCUUUGGGACUUUUUCGCUGCUAGAUUUGAUUCACUUGAACUUUUAGGGCAAAAUUUUGUCGAUCUAGUUAUGGAAGACAAUUUAGACGAUUUUACUAGUGAAAGCGAGGAAGAUGACAUAGAUUUUUACCCAGCCUUCAAUAAUUUUAAUCGUCAUUUUGGUUACAAUAAUUCUAAUGAUAAUUUGAGCGAUUCGAGUGAAGCGAUGGUUUUAAUAAACACCAGCAAUAAUCGUAAUAAUCAAGGAAAUAUAAGGAGAAAUAAUAAUGACGACCGAGAAAACAAUGGCCAAAGUUUGAACAACGAACGGCGGAAUUCUCUCAUUAAUAGUAAUAACAGGAAUGCAAAUAUAUCCAAUGAUGCACCCAGAAAUAAUUUAACAAGAACAUCGGGUAAUAAUAACACUUCAAAUAGCAGGAGAAAUAAUAAUGUAAAUAAUUAUCAAGGAAAUGGUGGUGGAAGCAACCGUAGAAAUCGGAAUAAUAACAGAAAUAAUAAUAACGGAAACAAUCCCACAAAUGUUAAUGAUAGGAAUAGUAAUUCGACUUUAACCCGCUCCGGUGUGAAUAAUGAAUCUAGGAAAAGACGAUGAAGAAACAGUUAUUUGAACCCUUUAUUAUAAUGUCUUAUUUUGAAAUUUAUAUACGUUACAUAAUAUAUAUAUAUAAUUUAUUUUCGUUAACCUCCGAUCGCUCUAGCCUUUUCAAAAACGAAAAUUGAACAGAUUUUAGAUGUUGAAUAAUUAUUUUUCCUCCAACGAAAUAAUCAAAUUUUGUUUAAUAUUUUCUCAAAAUCGUUCGAACCUCUUUCAUCCAUUCGCUUCGUUUUCAUGAUCAAAAAAUUCCCACUUCGUAAUUAAUCACAAUCUACCCUCUCCCGUUUAUUUAUAAAUUUUAAAAAAAUUAAUUUAUUCUAUAUGUAAUUAUAUUUGAAGAUGUAAUAAUUCGACAUGAUUAAUCUAAUCAAUAUUAUUUAAGUAUUUAUUUAUAAUUUAAGAUGAAUUGGACACUUUUUGUAUUUAAAAUCUUAUGCCAAUGCUAAACUCAUCACAUUAUGAAUUCACUUUAACCUCAUUUCCUAUUUAUACUGAAUAUAUGAGUAUAAUAUAUCCGCAUCUGUGAUAGCCAUUUAUAACAAAAUUUUAUUUUGCAUAGAUCAAACAAAUUUAUUAUCCAACAUUAUGAUCCAUAAGUAUACUAUAAAUUUUAUUGUAUAAAUAAAAAUAUUUUUUUAUGAAACUUUAUUUAUCAUACCUUUUAAUUUUUUUUAAAUUUGCAAAUUCGAAUAUUUUUAAUCACAUUUUUUUUUCAAUCGAUAUUCAAACAAUUCAUCCUCAAAAUUAUAUGUUCUAUGAGAAUAAGGGUGGGGGAAAGCUUGUAAAAUGAAUGAUUUAUAUAAAUAAUUGUUAUAUUUAUUAUUGCUAUUUUUUCACACCCCCCUUUCCCUCAAAGAAAUAUAAUUUUAUUCACAGCUCAAUACUUAAUAAAAAUAUUUUUCAUUAUUAUUCUACACAUUGAUUCAUAAAUAUAAUAUACCAUACACAAUUUUAUAUACAAAUGAUUGUGCCGCCAAUUUCUUGUAACUUGUUAAUUUAAAUAUAUUUGUAUAGCCAAUAUUGUGCGCAUAAAUGAACAGUCCCAUCCCUUAUCUAUUAAAAUUUAUUACACAUGACCUAUUAGGUUUGCCCCGUAUUUUUUUUUUAUUUCAUUUAAAUAUAAUGGUUAAAUUAUAUACAAAUAAUUUGGCAUUUUAUUUAUAAAUUUGUGUUUUUUGUUCCAAAAAUAUAUGUAUACCUUUGUAUUAAAGAUUAUCUUGGGUUCUUUUACAUCAAAAUCAUAAAUUUAAUUUAGCCUUAACUUAUGAUCACCGUUUUUUUAGACAUAAAUUAUUAACUUUUUAUUGUAGAUGUUUUUUUUAAAUUUAGAAGUUUUUUAAAACAUGAUUUGAACAAAAAAAUGAUUUCAUUUAUAUUUUAUUUAAUAAAUUUUACA